UUGUAAUUCUUACAUAUGUGCAGAAAUUGGAGAUAAAUCACAUUAUUGAGCUUAUUCUACUAUGGGAUUAAUUGAAGAAUGCAAAGAGCAGUUUGGAUGUACUGACUUGUACAGUGUUUUGGGUGCUAGAAAGACUGCUACUGACAAAGAGUUGCGCAAGGCGUACCACAAGGUUUCUCUAUCGGUGCAUCCAGACCGAGUGAGUGAUAAAGAGAAGGAGGAGGCUACUCGCAAAUUCCAGACACUUGGCCGAGUGUACCAGCUUCUCUCUGAUGCUGAUUUAAGGGCAGUGUAUGAUGAAACAGGAGAAGUGGAUGAAGAAAGUUCGAGUGACUGCAAAGAUUGGCAGCAGUACUGGCGCUCACUGUUUAAGGCAGUCACUACAGAAGACAUCAUUAACUUUAAGGAAAAAUAUGUUGGGUCAGAGGAAGAGUUAGCGGACCUGGAGGCUGCAUACAAGACAGGGAAGGGCAGCAUGGAUCACAUCCUGGACUCUGUGCUGCUUUGCACCAUUGAUGACGAGCCGCGCUUUAGGAGCAUCAUUGACGCGUGGAUCAAAGAGGGCAGAGUGAAGGCAUACAAAGCAUACACGUCCGAAACGCAAGAGAAAAAGAUUAAGCGCAAGAGGAAGGCGAGCAAAGAAGCAGCUGAAGCUGAAGCAGCUAAACAGGAGCUCGGGCUGGGAGACGAUCCAUCCUCUCUCCAAGCUCUCAUUCUCAAGCGUUCUCAGGACAGAGCCAAGGACAUGGACUCAUUCUUAGAUUCUCUUGCUGAUAAAUACUCUAAAAACCCAGCCAAAAAGGGACGCAAGCCUAAGAAAUGAUGACCUUCUUACUUGGUUUUAAGCUUUAGUGUUUAUACCAAAGCUAAGAAUAAAAUUCAUGAAUAACGGACAAAGUUUAUUUUGUAGAAUCUUAGUUGCGCCAUUAUUAUUCUUACUUAUUUCAGAAGCAAACUCAGCUUUUUCUAAAGAUAAUUUUCAUUUUUCUUAGAAUGAGAGCAUCGUGUUGUUCAGCACUACUUCCAUAUCUGUAGUGAAUUUUUUAUGUUUCAUCUUCAAUCGUUAAAUGCAGAAGAAUUGAUUUUUCUUGUUUUUUUUUUAUUGAAAUUUGUUUAGUACGAAUAUAUAAACUUGUCAACAACGCAUGAUAUCUUACUCCUCUACGCCUAAUAUAAUUUUAUUGCAUCACAA